GACCUUUGGCGACAGCAAUGCAGGUUUGAUCGAGUGGCAUCCAAGACUGUCCGACAUGCCGCCAGCCCAGGAGAAGCAGGUUAAACUUCUGGUCAGCUUUCUCUUUGCUUCGGUGUUUCUCGCAAUAGGAUCUAUUCUUGUUAUUACUGGGAAAUCCGAUUCUUCCUCGUUACUUGAGCUCGAUGGCAUCCCCCUCGACAAGAAUGCCCUCAGCCAACUGCAAGGCGAAACCUUGGGAGCUUCUGGAAACUCUUUGAGCUUGGUGGAGUCUCAUUUGUCUGCAAAGCGGAUCAACAAGCUGCUUCAAGCGCAUGAAAGUGGACAGAUUGAUGGGAUUCCCCUUGACUCGCAUGCUAUGGCAAAGCUCAAUGGGGGAACAAGCUCAAGGCUGACCGAAACUGAAUUUCACAGACCUAAGAGGCAUAGUAAGGUUGUCAGCCGUGCGCAAAAAUACCUGAACCAUGGAAAAGCAGCCCUUGACCAAGGAAGAUGGAAGUCUGCAGUGAAGGACUUUUCGCGCGCAAAGCGGAUUUGGCGCUCUGAAGGCAACGACAAGUAUCAUUGGGCACAGACUUUGCAAUCAGAUGUGUUGAGAGCGCAUCCCAGAUCGAACGCCGGCUCGAAGCACUCUUCUCCCAGCAAGAGCCCUGCAAUGAACAAGGCUGUCCGGGAAAUCUCUUCAGGGCACGCUUUUCGAAGUCUCUACGGGCUCAUGAGGGAAAGACGUUCGUCGUCUAAGAGCUCUGAAGGGGUUUCAUCUGCACUCAAGGCGGCUGCCCGUGGUGUUGAACAGGCAAAGAGAGGCUACAGUGCUUCCCUUAGCACUGUCAACUCAGCCAAAACUCAGCAACUUGCACAGGUGUCCCAGAAAUCUGAAGACUUCAAGAUGAAGAGAUUGAUGAAAGAAGCUGAGCAGAGGCUAGCAAAGAAAGAGAAGCAGAUUAUCCAGGAGGAGUUCAAGAAGAUGUACAAGCCACAAGCUACAAUGAGGCAAACAUCGAACACGAUUACGCUGGAGUCUCCUCCUACAGCAUUGGCAGCCAAUCAAUAUCCAGGCAACCAGUACGCAGGGAGUGGGUAUGCUAUCGGUGGUGAUAGUGUUCAGACAGCGGUGGGAUCUUCUGUACAACCGCAAGCUACAUCGCUAUAUCAGCCCUCUUUUGUGCAGCAAAACUAUCCCGUGCAACAACUGUAUGAUGGAACUAGCGAGCAAGAGCUUCCUCAGGCAGCGAGCGAGGUCGUUGAGGGGGGACCUGAAGAGGUCGUGGAGUCAUCAUACCCUCAACAGCAGC